CAUUUAUUUAAAUACAGUUGCAGAAAGAGUAUAAAUAACAUUUUAGAUUCAACAAUAUUGACAAAGUUUGCCCAAGGGGAAAAAAAAAUUCAGUACAGUACCCUCCAUGUUAUUCAGUACAGUACCCUCCAUGUUAUUCAGUACAGUACCCUCCAUGUUAAUCAGUACAGUACCCUCCAUGUUAAUCAGUACAGUACCCUCCAUGUUAUUCAGUACAGUACCCUCCAUGUUAUUCAGUACAGUAUCCUCCAUGUUAAUCAGUACAGUACCCUCCAUGUUAAUCAGUACAGUACCCUCCAUGUUAUUCAGUACAGUAUCCUCCAUGUUAAUCAGUACAGUACCCUCCAUGUUAAUCAGUACAGUACCCUCCAUGUUAAUCAGUACAGUACCCUCCAUGUUAUUCAGUACAGUAUCCUCCAUGUUAUUCAGUACAGUACCCUCCAUGUUAUUCAGUACAGUAUCCUCCAUGUUAUUCAGUACAGUAUCCUCCAUGUUAAUCAGUACAGUAUCCUCCAUGUUAAUCAGUACAGUACCCUCCAUGUUAUUCAGUACAGUACCCUCCAUGUUAUUCAGUACAGUAUCCUCCAUGUUAUUCAGUACAGUACCCUCCAUGUUAUUCAGUACAGUAUCCUCCAUGUUAUUCAGUACAGUACCCUCCAUGUUAUUCAGUACAGUAUCCUCCAUGUUAAUCAGUACAGUACCCUCCAUGUUAAUCAGUACAGUACCCUCCAUGUUAUUCAGUACAGUACCCUCCAUGUUAUUCAGUACAGUACCCUCCAUGUUAAUCAGUACAGUACCCUCCAUGUUAUUCAGUACAGUACCCUCCAUGUUAUUCAGUACAGUACCCUCCAUGUUAUUCAGUACAGUAUCCUCCAUGUUAUUCAGUACAGUAUCCUCCAUGUUAUUCAGUACAGUACCCUCCAUGUUAUUCAGUACAGUAUCCUCCAUGUUAAUCAGUACAGUACCCUCCAUGUUAUUCAGUACAGUACCCUCCAUGUUAUUCAGUACAGUACCCUCCAUGUUAUUCAGUACAGUACCCUCCAUGUUAAUCAGUACAGUAUCCUCCAUGUUAUUCAGUACAGUACCCUCCAUGUUAAUCAGUACAGUACCCUCCAUGUUAUUCAGUACAGUACCCUCCAUGUUAAUCAGUACAGUAUCCUCCAUGUUAUUCAGUACAGUACCCUCCAUGUUAAUCAGUACAUUACCCUCCAUGUUAUUCCAUGUUAUUCAUAGA